CAGCCCCGUGCUCCCUCUCGAAGCUCAGCCGGCUCUUGGGGGGGUGUCCUUCUUCGCCAUGCGGUCUCCAGGCCUGUACUGUGAGGUGCUCCUCUUCCUCCUCUGCCCCAGCGUCCACCUUGGCGCCGCUCUCCACGCCAUCCACUGUGCCCCCUGCACCGAGGAGAAGCUUGCACUGUGCCCGCCGGUGCCGGCCGGCUGCCCCCAGCCGGCCCGCCAGCCGGGCUGCGGCUGCUGCCACACCUGCGCACUCCAGCAAGGGGAGGCCUGUGGCGUGUACACGGCGCAGUGUGGUCAAGGACUCCGCUGCCGGGUGCGCCCCGGGGAGGCCAAGCCGCUCCACGCCCUCCUCCACGGGCAGGGCACUUGCCUCAGCGCCGCCGACACGACGGAAGCGACAGACUCUGUAGAACCAGAGGACGUGCCCACCCAACGCUCUGAACUAACAGCUGACCAACUGUUCAACUACCAGCUGAUGUUUCCCGUUGGCCAGGACAAGUCGGUCCCGUGGAACGCCAUCAGUGCCUACGAAAGCAUGAAGGCCAAGAGGCUGUCUGAACUGAGGAGGUGGAAGGAGCAGGGACUUUGUCAAAAAGAACUCUACAGGGCUCUGGACAAGUUAGCCAAAGCUCAACAGAGAACCGGAGGCGAGAUCUACAGAUUCUAUUUGCCCAACUGUAAUAAGAAUGGAUUUUACCACAGCAAGCAGUGUGAAACCUCACUUGAUGGAAACCCUGCUGGCUGCUGGUGUGUUUAUCCAAAAAACGGGAGGAGGAUCCCUGGAUCCCCCGAGAUGACAGGCGACCCCGACUGUGAACAAUAUCUGAGCACGCAAGAAUAAGACCUGUAAUAUGCUGCCAAUUUUUCACAAGUAGAUCCCAAAUCUCUUGCACGCUUAAGCGUCUUUAUUCUGGAGCCAAGACAUCCUUCAGCCGACUAAACACAUGAUUGGCUGACAGCCCCCCUCCCAAUCUCAUGCAUGCUUACUCAGAAGUAGAGAAUCCGAUAGAUCUCAAUGGGGACUUACUCCAAGGAAGUGCUCGCGGGACUGCGACUUUUAGGCAAGAACGUCAUCGUUCGUUGGGAAGAUCUGAGAAAGUCUUGUCUGCCUGCACUGUCAACGUUAGGCACAACGAUGAAUGGUAGCGCAACUGGCCCGUCACACCUCCGAAUGUACAUGAGCUGCUUUCAUAUUCUCCCUUAUUGCCCGGUCUACGACUGUGCAAUUAUUUAUUGUACAUGUUUAUUUUAUUUUAUUUUGGUCUGUUUUAUUAACUUAUAUACCUGUAUCCUUCAACACUUCAGAACGAUGCCUGUAAAUACUUUAAUGUUAUUCCUCUCGAAAGAUGCACUUCUCCCAGUUUCU